GUGAUUUCGUACAAAAUAGUUUUGUUUUUUUAAAAUUCGAACUAAUAACUAGUUAUGAGAGUGAGCUUCUUUAAGGCAAACCGAUUUUACCAUAAAUAAGCCGCUAAGAGCUUCUUAGUAGGGUUUAUGUAUAGAAAUGCGUUAUUUCAUGGCAGUAAACAUACGUUGAAACUCGAAGAUGAGAACACAGUAUCGACUGGUGCGCGCUCUGUGCGUGGUAUCUGACUGUCGCUAACACGUCAACGCGUCAAACCAAAUUUCGAUUGAUCGACUGUAGAAUCGAUGGAAUUAAUGUGAAGUGGUAAGAUACAUGGAAGGUGUAAUUUGAUUGUAAUUUUCGUGGUCCUCCUGACAAUGGCUGGUUACAGAAGAGUAAAUUAUUAUGAACUUUGUCGGCUUUGCACGUCAAGUGAAGGCACAAAGAUGCACAUUUUCCGAGAAGAAGGGCGAAGAAGACAACUUCCUACAAAGAUUCAGAUUUGUCUACCUGUACAGAUUUGAAAGUGGCUCGAAACCUCUUAUAUUUACUUUUGAAAACUUGGAAAAUUAUGUGCAGAUGAGCUUUGAAAUGUUUGUUUUUAUUUUUUUAUUGACAUUACAGGUUUGUGAAGAUGAUUCAUUGCCAAAGAUCAUUUGUAGCCAUUGUGUGGAAAAACUUGAAAGCUUCUAUGACUUCAGGGAAUCGUGUGUGAAUGCUGAAUCAAUGCUUGAGAGCUAUUUUACAUCGUUACGGUAUUCUGACGAUUUGAGCAGAGAAGGAAAGGUAUAUGUGAAAGAAGGCAGUCCUCCUAAGAAGAAACCCAAUGAAAUUGAAAUUGCCAAGAACAAUCAUAAAGCAGCAGUCAUAGCAGCUCCAGAUGGUCUAAGUAGCCUUGUUCAAGCUGCUGGAAUCCAGAUUGUUAGCGAAGUUGAUGCUGCUCGUGUACAGCAGUACAAAUGUGCCAUGCAGAUGCCAGCUGGCACUCCAGGCGCAACUGUGAUGGAAACUACCUCCACUGCGACAGACCCCCGUUAUGCGUAUGAGGCAUGUGGACCCUCCAGCCCACGUUUAAGUGAUGCAAGUCCAAGUGCUACCACUGCAACUUCUGUUGAAACACACCAAACUAAACUGGAAGAUGGUAGUACACAGUGUAAUGAAACAGACUUCAAGAAUAAUGGGAUUACUCGACAUCAUCAGACAUCAGCUGACAGUAGUGAUGAGGGAGAGGUGGGCUCUCACCAGCAGCAGUUGCAAUCUGUUGCAUUUGCUGCAGCUGUUCCAGGUCAGGAAAUGCUAUUGCAUUUCAGCUUUAAACAGGAACGCGAUGGUGUCUUGCGUACAGAGGAGCAAACUGCCUUACAAAGAUCCUCCAUUGCUCAAAUCGGAGAGUUCCUGCGGAUGAAAAGUGCUAACAUUGUUGAUAACGGAGUACAAGCCUCUGUAGUAGAACUACCAACUUCUCCUAUUCGCCCAUGCAUGCGUUGUGGAAAAGCAUUUACUAAUGUGGAAGAACUACAAAACCAUGCACCAUGCAAUCAAGACCCCAUUGCAGACACUUCCCCAGACAAAGGUGGUUUAAGUGGAGGAACUAUUUCUUGCGAUGUGUGCAACAAAUUAUUUAAGAGAAAAGAACAUCUCUUUCAACACCGUAAACUACAUACUGGUGAGCGGCCAUAUGUUUGUUCCUCUUGCGGCAAGGCGUUCUCAAGAAAAGAGCACCUGGUGAGGCACACAGUGUCUCAUACAGGACAGAAAGCACAUGCGUGUGAAAUGUGUGGCAAAUCUUUCUCUCGGAAAGACAAUCUUCAUAAACACCGUAAAACCCAUGGUAUAGCUGGCCCUUACAUAUGUGAAUCUUGUGGUAAAUCUUUUGUUGUGAAACACAACUAUGUGAUGCAUAAGAGCAGUCACUCAUGUUCAGGUUCAGUAAAUGAUGAUGUAGGUGCAGCAUCUCUUGAAAAUCCACUUCCUUACAAAUGUGACAUUUGCAACAAGGGUUUUGCUAUGAAACAAUACCUUCUUACACACAAACAGAGGCACAGAAGUAGAGGAGCUCGAGCAAAUGCUGCUAGUGCAUCGAACACAGUUAACUUAGUUAAUGCCAUACCUGUUGUCCCAUCUGUAAGCGCACCAAGUGUCGCAUCUCCAUCUCAACCUGUGGUUGCUGUAUCCGUUACACCCACAUCACAAACUGCUACCACCUCAGGACAAAGUACAGCUGCUCUGGCUGUCCCGUGUGACUCAAGCCUUGUGUCUGCCUCUACAGUAAAUACAGCUGGACCUACAACAGUAGCUGUAGCCACUGUAGCAGUGGCAACCUCAGCUUCCACAGGUCACAAUCCCCAGUCACCUCAACAGCAACAACAACAACAACAACAACAACAACAACAACAACAGCAACAACAACAGCAGCAGGCUCUUCAACAGGCAGAACAACAACAACAACAACAACAACAACAACAACAGCAGCAGCAAUCACACCAGCAACAGCACCAAGAUGAAUCAGCACAACAGCAGGCAUCUCAGCCCCCUCCUCAACCUCCACAACCAACUACUGUCCAAUUGGACCCUUUGGCUUUAACUCAUAAUACUCCAUUGACAUUGCCAAGUUCUCCCCUUCUGGCCCCUGGUCUUCUGCAACAUGUUGCACCUGGGGUAACUGGCAGUUCUGCCAAUCCUACCAUGGCUAUUCAUGUUUCCUCUGCAGCCACUGCCUACCUCUGUAAUCCAUCGAAUGAUCUGUUGGAGACAUACAGACGUCUACAUUCUACAUGAUGGAACCCAGAAGUCUCAAAUUUUUUAUUAAGUUGGUAGGGGACACAAAUAUAACAAAAUGUAUAAAUACUAGUUUUUUAUAGCCUUUAAGUGCAUAUGUGCACAUUUUUAAUGUUGUGGAAAGACCCUAUCCUUUUAGUACUUUGUGUGUAUAUCCAGGUAAUUUAUGCCUGGUUGUAUGUCUAAAUGUGUUCUAUAUACAUGCAUAUUUAUCAAAUGUUAACUACACACUUGUCAUCAAGGCCAAAACAUUAUAUGCCUGAAACACAAUUGUCUCAGCAGUGCCAGUUUCAUGAAGAAAUGUAACAAAGGCUGUGACAGAGUCAUGCAUCUGGCUGCUGCUUUGUAGCUGUGUGGCAGAAUGCUGGCCUAGCCACGUGUUCCCUCUUCUACUUGCACUAUGAAUAUUUUCUUUAGAGAGCCAGCUUUGACAGUUUUUGUAAUUUCCUUUACAUUAAUACAAAUAUGAAGUAUUCAAAUGUAUGUGAUGUUACACCAUGUUGGUUUGUAUUUUUGUGCACCUUUGUUUUUCUCUUCAUAUUUUAUUUUAUUGUUAUUCGUUAUUAUAGUAUCUUAUUUUGUUGCUAUUAUUUUAAACUGUCAGAGCAUGGGCAUACAAAAAGUCUUUAAUGAUCUAUGUAAAAAAGCACUCUUCGAAGUGCAGGAAAUAUUCUUACUUCGUAGAAGAGUUUCAUUACACAUCGACUUAUUUAAAAAUUCUACUUAGUUGCCUUGAUAGUUGUAGAAUUGGAAAGAGACAAUAUUUACAAACAAUUCCAUGUAGUCUUGCGAUCUAUAAAAUGAAAGUGAGAAUUAUUUUUUCACUGCCAUUAUAAUUCUGUAUCAUAUUUUAAGGAUGUAAAAAAUAUAUUUGAAAAAAUGUGAUGGGUUGGAGCCAGGUGCUUGUGGUCUCUUUGGGACAAGAAUUCUACAUUUGAGCAAUGAAACAUUUUGAGAUUCUAAUUAAAAUUUCCAUCUAGCAAUAAGAACUUUUUUUUUUUCAAAUAAUUCAUUUUACGUAAAAAUGGGAUCAUAGAAAAUAAAAAAAUGUAUGAUGCAAAUUGUUUCUGUAUGCGCCUACAAUUUUAUGUGGCCUUAUAUAAGAAUGUUUAUUGUUAUUUUGUCAUAAUGGCAUUGCCUUUUGUGCAUCUCUUAAAUAAUCUAACUGCAUUUGUUAGCUUCUAUGUGAAUGGCCUAAACUAUAGGCUCUGAGUUUUGGAAUUUAUUUUAUUUUAAGCUGAUUCUUCAUUUUUUCCUUUUCCAAAUAUGGAUUGUGGAACACUAAAAGUUUAUGAAUUCAGUGAUACAUUUGACCUAAAAUAUUGUUAAAAUAGAACCCUUUUUCGUGAUUAGUAGACCUUUUCCUUCUUAUUUGGUUUAUAUUCUUUUGGUGGUUUAUAUUACAUUUGUUUCAUAUUCCUCGUGGUUAUUUCAUCUCGCUCUGUUAAUUUUACUUUCGAUGUGAAUUGCAUUGGGAUGCAAACUGUAAUUGUUAACAAAGUGUUCAAAUUUGACAGUUGUCAGAAAUGGUCUGUAAAUUAAUUUUCUAUUGUGCUGCCAAAAUGGAGUGUGUUGUUCAAAGAGCUGGUCCAAAGAAAAAUUGAUGAUUUAUUAUUGAUAAUAUUUUGUAAAUGGAAGUAUUCUUUUGUGCUGCUUAUCCAUUUUUCAAGGGUGCACUUUUCAAGUCUUGAACAUAAUCUUUAAGAAUAAUUUAGUCUUGAACAUAUAUUGGAAGAAGUCUUUUACAGUUUCACAAUUUCUUGGGUUUAUUGCUAAAAGCAUUAAUUUUCUUUGAAGUUCAUCUUUCUGGAGAUGCUGACCUAAGUUGAUGGAUUUAUUGCUUGCUUUUCUCUCUUUCUUUUUGUCUGUUUUUCCUUUUCUUUUUUUCCUGGUGGUUCUCACAAUCAGCUCAGUCUCAACUUCAUGCAUUGAAAUAAUAUUUUGAAUUGCAUGUAAUCAACAUGCAUUGUUGGAGUUGUAAAUCUCAUGAUAUAUUUUGUUUGUGAUAUGUAAAUAACAUCACCUAUUUUAUUUACUUAUAUUGUGCUGUGUAUUGCAUAAGGAAGUUUUGUACAGAUUUUGCUUGCAGACACUAUUAUAUCAGGGGGCCAAGCUUGUUCAUUGCUUCUGGCUGUUUGAGGAGUAGCAAUAUUGUGUUCUGUAUAUAUGUAAAAAAAUUAAUUGUUGAGUUUUCUAUUUUUUUAUAACUUGACAUUUACAAGUAUACACACACGACUGUUUUUUGUAUCCUGUUGUGUUCCAUUUUUUUUUAUUACAGAGCUGAAUUAUUUAUUGGAGUUGUAUUAUUUAGAUUUUUUAUAGUAUAUUAAGAAAAUACCAGGAAUAUUUCUUGCUUGUUUGGUUUUUUCUGGGCUUUUACUGACAUAGCCACCAAUCUAUGGGCGGAAAAACUACGCUGCUAUGUUAAGUGAAAAUUGUUAAUGUUUAUAACUUACUUAAUAAUUUGAGUUUGUUGACUUGUUUCUUUUGUUUUAAGAAACACAUAUUUAAAAAGAUUCUGUGUCAAAUAUCGCCCACAUUUGUUGUCAAUAAAAUAUUUAUAAUUUUAUUUGUAACAUGACAACGUUAGAAUAUUUUAUGUGUGAAUAUGGAUGGAAAAUGGUCAAUUGUUUUGAUAGUUUGUUUCUUAAUUAUUGAAAAAUAUGAAUAUUUACUAUUCAUGUAGCAUAUAUCAAAUUCACAAACCUUAAUAUUCUGAAUUUCUUAAAAAUACUUCAGUAUGGAAGGAUGUACAAUGUAAUGCAAGUUCGUAUUGCCUAAAUUUGCUUUGUAACCAGUGAAAAAGGUUUAGAGAACUUUGUGGAAGGACAUCUGACUGUUUUUCAUGCAUAUAUUAUGCAUAUAAAGGGUUAUUUAUGAUUAAGACUUACUUUCUCAAAUCUUAAAAUUGGGUUUCGCUUGAAUCUCAUUUUCUUAAUUUUCAACAACCAGAUGGUAAUAGCAGUAUUUACACCUUUGUUGCAGCAACAAGGUUUCAAAAUCCAUUGAAAGGUCUGAAUGUGUUCUUUUUUAUAUUCUUUGAUAGUUAUAUGCAAAUUUCUGUAAAUGUCAGUUCUGAUGAUUGCUUCUUGCGCAUCUACUAAGAAAACUGAAUGCCAUAUAGUUGCCAUGCCCACAUGUACCUUUGCAUGUGAAUAUUAUUUAAAACAUUUUUUUUAUUGUUACUGAAGUGUUGAAAAAUAUUCAGUUAUGUUACCUCGUACAUUGCUGUGUAAUGUGUCAUAUCAGUAAAUUGGUCAGUUAGUUUGUAUGUGUAUGUAGACAGUUAUGUUUGUUUUGUAAAUUUCUGUACAAGUUUUCUUUAUUCUUGAUGAAUGAUUAUUUAUAUUGUACAUACAAUUCAGUGAAUGUUCGGUUAUAUUAAAGAUCAUCCAAUGUUAAACAAGAGAAAUAUUAAUUUUGGUCCAGAUCUUUAUUAUGGAUUGGUUUCAUAUUGGUAUUCUGGAAAGCUCAUGUAUCCCUUUAUUUUUAUUUUUAGAGUUAACUUGUUGCAGCUCUUUCUUGAAUUAUAGACUUACAUUUGUUUGUUUUUUUAGUAUAAUUGCCAUUUGUGUAACGUAAGUGAUGUAAGACUUCAACAUUUUGGCAAUUAUGUUGACUAAUUAGUCUUCUGGAACUUGCAUUUUUGUACAGCUUAAAAUUUGCAUUACUUAUUUUGUGCUAGUAUUCAGAAAGUACUCCCACCUAGUUUGAGAUUGGAAAUGUAUGUUUCCACUCUGCCUGGAGAAAUAAUUUGUUCAUUAUUAAGAAAAACUGUGUGAACUCUCAAAAUUAGAGACAAGUAUUAGUCUUCAUUGGAAAUUUUAGGAGCGCAAAGAAUUAAACCAUAAGCGCUCUUGGAAUGGAUGUUAGUUACAAAGAAGCUCACUGUGGUCUCCGUUUAACUUUUGAAUGAGAAUAUUUUUGCAAAAGUAAGAUAAAUGUUUCUUGCAUGUUGCUUUUAGGUCUUCUAUUUUAUUUCUUUAGAAGUGUUGAUUUAGUAACCUUAAAAUUUCAGUUUUUUGAAUCAUUUAAAAUAAUUUAAACAGGUGGAGAAUCUGAAACCUUCUAGGAUUUAUCUUUAAAAAUAUGCUAAAAUUAAUUAUUUGUAAAUUAGCAUAGAAAGGAAUUGUAGUGUUUUAUGUAGUAUUCCAAAAUUAUUUUUAUUUAUUUAGUUUUCUCAAAUAAAUAUUUAACAAGCAUUUGUCCUCUAUGUAGAGAUAAUGUAUUUUUUUUUAUAAAUAUGCUUUUGGA